AUGUCUGUUGCCUACAGCUGGGAGAAACAGAUCCGCCAACGAGCUUACUUUGCAAAGGAAGCAGUAACCACCGGCGACUUUACUACGCUUGAUGUUAUCCGGGCUCAAGAAUAUGUGGUCGGCAUAGACCCCAUCGCUACACUCCGCGGCUCGGUGACCGCCUUCCGGGAUGCCCAGGUGGAGGGAAAGCUGAAAGACAUCAAUCAGCAGUGUGUUGCAACGUGUGAGAAGGACUACAACCGGUUUAGCGAGAAGGUCGAGAAGCUGAAGGAUGAUCCGAGCCCAACUCAGGCAAAUUGGCAGGAGGCUAUAUGGGCGAAUGCUGAGCAAUUGAAACAAGAGUCUAAUGAAGCAAUCGACAACGCUGCCAAUGCUGCCAUCGCGGUUAUCGGACAGCUGCCAGAGGCUAGCCGCCCAGCAGCAGCCAACGGCUUCAACGCUGCCUUCAAUAUCGUUAUUGGCUUUUUCAAGAACAUAGGCGAGGCUAUCAAAAGGGUCGCCCAGGCCGUUGUGGACUUUAUCAAGGGUAUCUGGAACAAAUUGGUCUCUGCCUAUGAGACUGUAAAGGGCUGGGCGCAGACAGCCUGGAAUGCAAUCCAGGCGUUGUUUUCCCGGGCCAUAUACUCUCCCGACCCAGACAGCCCGAAGCUUGGCCCAAAUGGUCAGCGGAAAGGCUCCCAGAAGGAGCUGGAAACAAUCCGCCAUGAAUUGAUAAAGCUCCUUGACCGGGUAGAUGGCCUCGCCAUAUCUUGUUAA